GUCUUAUUUAGCAAUUUAAAAAAGUUAUUAAUUAUUAAAUCAACAUGAAAUUUGUUCCAUUACACGCCACAAAUACCGCUAUUAUUUAUAAAAAUGCUAUUUGUUCUGCGGCCACUUUAUUGGUGCUAACAUUUUUAGUUCUCUCUGUAAUGAUACCGGUCCUCUUGGUAUCAUUGCUCAGUCCUUACUCAGGCAUAGCAGAAUCUCGGGUUUUAUAUGAACAGCCUCAGGUGCAAUUCAAGUAUCAAUCGAUAUUUUUGGCUGAAACUAUGAAAAGUGAGAAGCAGGAAUCUGGAGUUAAGUCUUUGUUUGUCUGCAGUACAUUUCCAAAUUUGAAUAAUGCUUUGUCUAAUGAUAAUAAUGACAAAUGUGAAGGCAUUAAGUAUUGGACGGAUGAUUUGGAUUAUGAUGGCAAUGUGGAUCGAGUACAUUUUGUACAGCACAUGGAAUCAUUAAACCAACAACUGAUAUCGUUUGAUAUAGCCUUAUUUUUUGAGGCCAGCUUGAAGCACAAAUGCUCUUUAUCUCCUCCCGCCUUGCUAAUACAUCACAUAGACUUGCCUUUGGCUUCCCAACUAACCAGCGGGGUAAUUAUAUUACGUGCCGAACUUAUGCUCAAACAAUAUGUAGAAUUUACCUGCCCUUUUCCCGGCCGCAAUACUAAAACUUCUUUUCGUAAUAUAAAAUUUAAUACAAAUACUUCCCAGAUGCAACAGUUUCAAACGGAAAACAUGUGGAAUCAGGUGAAAUCAAAUCCUGCAUUCUUUCAGCUUGAUCUUCAAGAAACCUAUGUACGCAAGGCCCCUGCUGAGCAGGGUCUUACUUUACAGUUGGAUUUGGAUAUUUUACAAUUGGGUGCCCGUUAUCAUUUGAGCAUCUGGGAGAGAUUGGGACAAUUUUGGUUAUAUUUUGCCUCCUUUUUUGGCAUUUCGUUUUAUAUCAUGAAUAGUAAGGAUUUUCUAUUCGGUCAUCAUAUUGUUCGUUCAUGGGAAAUCAUACCCUGGAAAAAAUUGUACUGACAUAGGAAUGGGGAGCGCAUUUAUUUGGAUGAUUAUUCGGAAACAAGUGUGUUUUAAAGGGACUUUUAACUUAAUUAUAAAACUUAUAA